AUGGAUUUAGACUUUAUCUUUUUCCCAGCCCCAAAAGAAAUAUCUAAUGAUCAUGAACAUGGCCAAAUAUUGUGGAUUCCAAAAUAUCCAAAACUCUAUCCUACUUUUCAAAAUUAUGUACCAAGAACAAACAAGAAGAGGGGUGUUUUCUUCAAAUAAAGUGAAAUAGAUUUUGAUGAAGAUCAUUUUUUAAUAGAUGAGCCCACAGAAUCUUAAUUGCAGCCAAUACCAAAUUUUGAAUGGAAACCAAUUACAAAUAGAUAACGAAAGCGAUAAACUACUGACAUAAACUCACCCACAUUUGAUUCUAGUGAGGGUAGUCCAGAUGUUCAACAAAAACUACAGAAACUUAAUAUGCAAUCGGUUUAGAUUAUCACAAAAAAACCUCAAUUGUGUAGAAUGUCUUCAAAUCUUUACCCUAUUAAAAGGACAAGAGUCAAUCAGAGUAUCUGCUUCAGUUAACCACUUAUCAAAUUACCUUAAGAAUUGAUUGAUCUCAAUUAAUAAAAAAAUUAAAAUGAAUGUGAUGAUGAAUAGCCCCCUCCAAGAUCAAAUUCAAGGGAUUCCCAUCAAAUCAAUGGCUAUAUUCCUUGCAUGUAUGUGGACUCAAAAAAACAUUCCCCCAACAUUUUGAUCUAUUUUCAUGCCAAUUGUGAAGAUAUAACAUAAUCCUAUAAUUUUUUAGUACAUCUGCGUGAUAAUUUACAAGUAUCUGCUAUAGCUGUUGAAUAUCCUGGAUACGGAAAAUACAAAAAUGAACAACCUUCAGCUGAGUCCAUUCUGAAUGAUGCUGAAUAUGUGUUUAAUUAUCUGACAAAGAGAUUGGGAUAUGCUGAAAACAGGAUUAUUGUAUUCGGUAGAAGUAUUGGGAGUGGACCAGCCACUUAUAUAGCGAAUAGAUACAAACCUGCAUGUUUGGCUUUAAUGUCUCCAUUCACUUCACUUAAAGCAGCGGUCCGAGAUUACAUUGGUUCGUGGGCAUAGUUCCUCAUUAGAUAGAGAUUUGACAAUUUGGAACAAAUUUAGAAAGUGAAAGUACCUAUUUUUAUUUUGCAUGGUUUGGCUGACAACAUCAUUCCUUAUUCAUAAGCUUAACAAUUAUACAAAUCAUGUAAAACUGAUAAAUGUAUUCUACAUCUGGCAGAUGAUAUGGAUCACAUCAGCUAUAGAUUAUAUAAGGACUUAAUUAAUCCAUUUACAGAAUUUUUACUUUAAAUUAAAUAUUAUUAGAACUGUUCUUAAGGACCAAAAAUGCCCACAGUUCUCUUUCAUGAUCCUACCCUUGAAUGA